AUGGCAGCAUGGGAUGGCGGACAUAUUGGUGUUGGUGGUGUAGUUAUGGGUGUUGCCAUGGACCAUGGUGUUAGAGUGAAAGACAACUUUAAGCAGUGUUAUGGUGCUAGUAUAAGAACUGAUGGUCUAGAUUCCAUUGGGGAUGAAGAUGAUGAUGAAGAAGAUGAUUUAUUCCCAGACCGAUUUAGUAUUGCAUACAAUCUUGACAGAGAAUUUGGGCCAAGGAUUAAAGAGCACAUGCAGUACUGUAUGAACCAUCCAGAUGAAAUAAGUAAGCUGUCCAAACUGAAGACUCAAAUAACAGAGGUCAAAGGGAUAAUGAUGGACAAUAUUGAGAAGGUUUUGGAUCGUGGGGAGAAAAUUGAACUCCUGGUGGAUAAAACAGAAAACCUCCAGUUCCAGGCUGACAGCUUCCAGAGGCAGGGAAGGCAACUACGACGGAAGAUGUGGCUGCAGAAUCUCCAAAUGAAGCUGAUGGUGAUGGUGGAGGAUGAAGGCAACACAGAUCUGAAAUCGAAGGCGAGGAAUAAUCUUUCUUCUUCAGCGACCGAUUCAAUGGCGGAUUGCGUGGCAGAGAGGGAGAGAGAGAGAUGGCGAGGAGACCGGACGAGGAAUACGAUUACUUGUUCAAGGUGGUGUUAAUCGGCGAUUCAGGGGUCGGCAAAUCCAACCUCCUCUCCCGAUUCCCUUGCAACGAGUUCUGCCUCGAAUCCAAAUCUACCAUCGGCGUCGAAUUCGCCACCCGCACUCUCCAGGUUGAGGGCAAAACUGUUAAGGCUCAGAUAUGGGACAAC